UUUUUCAUGAUCAAACUAACAAUUUUCAAGGUAGCCGUUGUUCCAAUCUCCGUCUCUCUUUUAUAUAAGCACCCAUCGCUUCUUCCUCUGUUUAUAUCCCUCCCUCUCCUUAACCCUUUCAUGAACAUAGAAUCUACAUUCUCCUGCUCUUAUUUGGUUAAUCCCAUGAAUCCUCCUAUAUCACAGACCACUUCUUCAACCCCUUUACUAUCUGCAACUGCUAGCAGUCUCAGCGUUAGCAGCUGCAGCACCACCACCUGUAGUGAGAUUAGUGAUGAUAGCCCACCAACAUCCUUCCGUUUUGAGAUCCAAGAUAUCGAUUAUCAUUAUCCAAGCAAAUCUUUAUCUGGGUCUUACUCUCAUCGGUCGCUGGCAGUACUCUCUGAUCAUGUAGGACCAGUUUCUUGCUUGGCUUUGUGUGGUGAAUUCGUCUUGAGCGCUUCACAAGGGAAGGAUAUUAUAGUUUGGCAACAGCCUGAUUUGAGGCUCUUCACAAAGUUUGGACAAGGGGAUGGCUCUGUAAAGGCGUUAGUAACAGUUGGGAAUAACGUUUUUACUGCCCAUCAAGAUAGUAGGAUCAGAGUAUGGAAGGUAUCAAGAAGCUCAGAGAAUGUGUUUAGGCUUCUUGACACACUCCCUACUACAAAGGACUAUUUAGGGAAGUUCAUGAAGCAGAGUAAUUACGUGCAAACUAGGCGGCAUCAUAAGAAAUUAUGGAUUGAGCAUGCGGAUAGUAUAUCUUGUUUAACAGUUUAUAAUGGUUUUAUUUAUUCUGGUUCUUGGGAUAAGACCCUUAAGGUGUGGAGGAUAUCAGAUUUGAAGUGCCUGGAGUCAAUUAAGGCUCAUGAUGAUGCUAUAAAUGGCUUAGUGGCUUGUAAAGGGAUAGUUUAUUCAGCAUCAGCAGAUGGGAAAAUAAAGGCUUGGGGAAAAGAGGGAAAGAGUUCUCAUUCUUUGAAGGGAAUUUUGGAGGGUCAUAAGGAUGUUUCUCUUAAUUCAGUUGUAGUUUCAGAAGAUGGGAGAUGGGUGUAUGGAGGGGGCUCAGAUGGGUUUGUGAUGGGGUGGGAAGGGAGUGGAGAUUUUGUAACUUGGAAGUUGGUGUCAGAGACAAAGGCACAUCCAAUGGCAGUAUUGUGUAUGUGUUUAAUGGGGGAGUUUUUGUGCAGUGGAUCAGCUGAUAAGAGCAUUAGUAUAUGGAAGAGAGAGGCUUAUGGUAAGCUUUGUAAAUUUGGGGUCAUAAGUGGUCAUGAAGGUCCUGUCAAGUGUUUGCAAGCAUCACCUAAUAGUAUUGGUGGAGGAUUCUUGCUCUAUAGUGGUGGCCUUGACAAGAGUGUUAGGGUGUGGUGGGUGCCCAAGCAUUCCAACAAGAUACAGGACACCUCUACAAUGCAGAGUACAGAGGAAAAAUCCAUCACCUUGUUUUAGUAAGGUUUUCAAGGCUUGAGAGAUGGAGCACUGAUUGCUUCUUUAUGUGUUUUCAGUGCUUCAAAUUUGUUCUUUUAUUCAGGUUGUGUCACAGUUGUUGAUUUGUUGAUUAAGAUACAAGUGUGAAGAGCAUAGGCAAACAGCAGAGUUAAAGAAAGGAGUUGGAUUUUUUUUUGAUUUGACACAUAUUGAUUUCAUUCUGUUAUGUUGUUAGAUUUGGGUGUAUAGGCAAAAGAAAUUCGAGGUAUACAGUCAACAGAGUGGUGUAUUUCUUUUUUUUUU